AAGAGAGAUGUUGAGCUGGUUUUGAUUGUGUCGAGCAGAAGAAGAAACAAUGACGGUGGUGUUCUGUCCUCGUGAUUUUGUUUCAUAGGGACUUUACAUGGAUAUAAGAGAAGCGCGAUAAGAUUAGACAGAGAACUCAUGAGGCAAAUACACCAGAUCUUUCUGUAUUCCAUAAAUUUUGCGGUUUGCGCAUCAAUGUGAUACAGCACACGGAGAUUUGAUGGACGGUGCCAAUGCUUUGUUGUACUCAUCUAGGUCUUGCAGAUGUCUAAUGCGGAUGCGAUCAUGAAGGAAAUCAACUCGGAGGUGGACACCUUUUACAACUUGAGCGAGGGGCACAUUGAGUACAUCAACCACCUCUUCAGCGAGAUGGCGGGGCAGAUGAUCCCGCCCCCUACCGUCUUCGAGCUCUUGGGAGUAGACCCCAAGUCCUUUGCUGGAAAGGUCCCAAUCGCGACCAAGGAGCAGUUUGUGAAUGCUAUCCACAAGUCGAUCGAUGACUCCGACACCGUUGACCAGUACAAGAAGGUUUUCAACAAUCAGACUACUCGCCUGUCACAUGCCAAGAAGGUGCUGGGCGAGAUCAAGGACACUGUGAAUAGCUUCCAUUCCAAGGUUGGCGGUGAUCUUGCAAAGAUUGAGGGUCUCUUCUGCAGCAUGGCACCGGAGCCCAACACCGGCAAGCCAAUGCCUCCUGGCAUGGUCAACGCACUGUUGAGAGUCUCCCCGGAAGCCAAGACCUGCUCAGCGGAGGAGUUGUUGGCAUGCUUUGAGAGGAAUUUGGACCCUAGCGACACAUCGGAAGAGUUGAUCAAGAAGAUCAACCAAUUCCAACCCUAAGCAACUAGAACACCAGUGCGCGUUACAUUUAAAACAAAUGCUGCAAAUUCAGAGCAGCCAGACGUUUUCUUGUACCCCAU